UUACGUGUGGACGCCGGCGAGCGUGUGUCUGACUCAUCGCACCUCAACGUCAACGUGGUAACAGAAGCAAACGGCCGCUCGAGUCGCUACCGGAUACACUAGGAACCGCGACUUUCUCUCCGACUGCCCGACUGGAUUGAGAUGUUCCAGUUCAGGUCCUCCACAGUGCUGAAGGAGCUGUUUGAAGUCACCCUCAAGCGACCCUUGUCCGGCUCGACGCAGAAGACGUGGUUGCCGACCCGCCGCCGCCGCUGCUGCUCCUUCGGCACCGCCGGCGCCGCCUCCGCUCAGCUGACGGUCCGCUAUGCCGCCGCGCGCCGCCCGGCGCCGCGCGCCGCCUCCUUCCGCGCGUACUGCACGAAGACCGAGGGCGCCGUGGAGCUGGAGGAACAGCUGAAGAAGGACGGUGUCGGCAGCGAAGCCCCCGAUGACAGCAGAAGAAAUGCGAGCAUUCUCCCCAGUCUGGAGGACCUGCUCUUCCACACGGUCGCAGAAGGUCAAGAGACGAUUCCUGCCCAUAAAUUUCUUACAGCGCUUAAAGCCACCGGGCUUCGUAGUGGAGAUCCCAGACUGAAGGAAUGCAUGGACACCCUCAAAGAAACUCUGCGGAACACCCCAGAUGGCGUUACGCUGGAUAAACACCUCUUCAAGAAGUGUGUCCAGAGCAACAUUGUCCUGCUCACACAGGCCUUCCGCAAGAAGUUCGUCAUCCCAGACUUCCAGUCCUUCACCUCCCAUAUUGAUGAGCUGUAUGAGAGUGCCAAAAAACUCACUGGAGGACAGGUCGCCGACUACAUUCCUCAGCUGGCCAAGUUCAGCCCUGACCUGUGGGCCGUCUCCCUGUGCACAGUCGACGGACAGAGGCACACGGUAGGAGACACCAAGGUCCCCUUCUGUCUGCAGUCCUGCGUCAAGCCUCUGAAGUACGCCGUCGCUAUCCACGACCACAGCACGGAGUACGUGCACAGCUUCAUCGGGAAGGAGCCCAGCGGCCUGCGCUUCAAUAAGCUCUUCCUGAACGACGACGAUAAGCCGCACAACCCCAUGGUUAACGCCGGCGCCAUUGUUUGUACAUCACUGAUUAAGCAAGGCGCAAGCAACGCUGAGCGAUUUGACUAUGUCAUGAACUUUCUGAAAAAGAUGGCGGGAAACGAGUAUGUGGGUUUCAGCAAUGCCACAUUCCAGUCGGAGCGUGAGUCAGGAGACAGGAACUUUGCCAUCGGCUACUACCUGAAGGAAAAAAAGUGUUUCCCAGAGGGGACGGACAUGACAUCUGUACUGGACUUCUACUUUCAACUGUGUUCCAUUGAGGUGACCUGCGAGAGCGCCAGUGUCAUGGCGGCCACCCUGGCAAACGGCGGCAUCUGCCCGAUCUCGGGCGAGCGCGUGCUGAGCCCCGAGGCGGUGAGGAACACCCUGAGUCUGAUGCACUCCUGCGGCAUGUACGACUUCUCUGGACAGUUUGCUUUCCAUGUCGGUCUGCCAGCCAAGUCUGGAGUAGCGGGGGGGAUCCUGCUGGUUGUACCCAACGUGAUGGGCAUCAUGUGCUGGUCACCUCCACUAGACAAGCUGGGCAACUCAGUCCGAGGAAUACAGUUCUGCACGGACCUCGUGGAGCUUUUCAACUUCCACAACUACGACAACUUGAGGCACUUUACCAAAAAGCACGACCCGCGCAGAGAAGGAGGGGACCAGCGGGUUGUGCUGUUGUUUUGGUGCUAUUAUAGCAGUACACGAUGGAAGUAUCAGUACGACAGAAUGCAGGUAUUUGUUCCUGAUUAUUUGUUGGAAGUGUUUGGCGAUAUGAGAUUAUUGUUGACAGCAGUGAAGGGCUGUCAACAAUAAUACAUAAUGUCGUUUUCUCCUAUUUCUUCAGGACCCUUGAAGGGAUUUAAAUAUUGCAAUAAUUUUUGUUGUCCUAAUUUAACAUAGUGGACUGAAAUUAACCCAUAAAGUGCGAGCUUAUCUGUCACUUACCUUAGACACAGUCAAAGAACCAAAGAGCGUGUGAUUCUCUUUUGUAGUUGAAUUUUAAAGUACAUGUUCCUGCACAACAUACAAGCACUUGUGACAUGCAUUGUGCUUGUCUAUAGACAUCUGGACUCCAAUAAAUACAAACAUUUCUGAUAAGCGAAUUGGAGCAACCCCCCCAUUGAAGCCCUUUGUAUGCAGCAGAUUUUUACUGAGCAUUUGUAUGUGUUCAUCCAUUUGAAUGACAAUUAGCAGCAGCUGCGCCUCACGUUUAAAAAAGGAAAAGAAUGACGGAAUAGACGUUAAGUAAUUAAACACUUGCAGUUAAACCUGCAGUUUUUAGUUUUUGUGAUCAUAUGAUGAAGAUAUGAUCAAACGUUUGCUCAGGAGAGCGGUGACACGACUACGGCCCCGAGAUGUUGACAACUCCACGGAGACUCGUCCAACUUGUCCUCAGGAUUGCUUCUCGCAGGGUUUCUGCAUCCUAGUGAGCUGCUGAUUAGUUUAGAUGGUGUGUGUGUCUUUGUCAGUGUUAGUAGGUAUCAGUAUGAAGUUAGCAGAGGGAUAGCGUGCGUUGGUUGCAGUGGCCUCCCUGUUAAUCCCCUCUUUGCCGUCGGAUUGGUUCAUCGUCUCUCAUGUCUGCUGCUUUCUCCGGACUGGCCCACGGCGAUGUGUCCAAACGCGACGGCUCGGUCUAGAAACUGCGUCGCUUCUCUGUGGAAUCUGCAGCAUUGCAGAUUUAAAAAUGAAACAAUGGGUGAUAUGAUUAAUGGUUUUAAAGCUUUUUAUUAGUUCUCUUUUCUUGGGAUAAUACGCCUUGAGGAGGAGAGAGGACUUGGAACUGCAAUAUCAAUUCGAUGUAUCAAAUUGAGACGAGUGCAGAAAUGUUUAUCCAUGUGAACCAAAAAGUGUAUUUUGAGUUUCCGUAUGCAAACACACACACACACACACACACAGCAGGUGUUCUGUAUUCAUGGGUCAGGUUCUCAAAGUGUUACUCUUCCAGCAGGCUAGUUCGUUAUCAAAACACCUCUCCGUAUAUAGAUACUGUUCCUGUGAAUGCACAUAGUGGCGGGUGUAUGUAGCGCUUCUCAACAGAUACAAUACACUUCCAACGUUCCAAACCUGCGACACUGUCUCCUCCAGGAAAUAUAAAUACUUGCACAUGAAUGUUACGUUAGAAGCUGCCUAUACUGUGACUGUAGUGUUUGGGGUUCAUCUGUUUAUUGUUCAAUCAUUGUUAAAACUGUAGUGGUGUGUUUGAAUAGAGAGAAGGCUGCUUGAGCCAAUGAUAAGUCAUGUGAUAACUUUAUUUGUCUCUUUUGUUUCUCUCAUGUCAUGGACUUCUGUUAACAUACCUGCUGUUUUCAUGUUUCUGCUCAUUGUUGUGUGUAGGUACAAAGUAUUCAAACGCCUGUGUCAUCAGUAAUGCUUUUUGGAAAUCUUUUCUACCGGAAGCAAGAAGUAGAACUGGUUCAUACUUUUAAUGAUUUCACCCCCUGACUUUGUUACUUUCAGCUAAAGGUCCUGAAAUAAUUGAAAAGUUCUUCUGUUUGUGUUUUUCGAAGUUAUAAUCCUCCAAACUGACACCGAAUUCUUCUGUUAGAACCAAUACAUGUAUUUGACCUCAUUAGUUGCCUCUCUAUGAAGCAAGUAGUUUUGUCAGUCCGCCAUUAGAUUUGAAAAUAUGUGCACAUGCACACCGUGUUCUCAGCGAUGGCGUCUUGCAUGUGCAGUAUGGCACGUGCACACGUUGCACGUCACUCCUGUGCACAUGUCUUUUAACGUAUGAUAAAAGAUUUUUGUAAGAACUAGUUGUUCCUGAUGUUUCCGUCAGUUGGUGGAUCGAUAUGGUUUAUAACAUGAAAUGUACAAAUACGGUAUGAAUGUGGGCAGGAUCGGAAGCUCUGAUGUAGGUGUGCUUUUUCCCAGUAGUCCUGAGUACGCCCUCUCACCUCAGAUGUGGUCGGGUUCCAAGAGUAGCUCUCGUUUCAGUCCCAGCCUUCUUUCUCUUUGGUUUGUUGUGGACAAAGAGUCCGUCGUUUGUCUUUCCUGUGUGAGAGAGCAGGGAAUCGGUAAACACAGUGCAGAGCUUUUCUCUUUGUUGGCUGCUACACUACUGGGUCAUCGGUGGAGCAUCUCAAACACAGUGUCUACAUGUCUAGGAGACCUGACCAGGAGGGAUUUAACCUUACUGCGAGCAAUCAAAGACGUCCGAUCUUUGAAUUGGAAAAUGAGACCGAUGAGCACAGGGUUGAUUUGCACAAGGACCUGUCACACUUUUAGGUUGGAAACUGGCAACCUUUCUCUCACUCCUCAUUAUUUCUCCUGACUAUUAUUCUGUACAAUGGAACUCCUGAUGGGGAUUUUGAAUAUGGAAUCAAUUUCCAUGGAAAUCAUCAGAAUUUUAUGUAUUUUUCCUGGUGUUCAUUUUUUUUUUCUGUGAAUUCUCAGCAUGCAUGCAUAUUUUUGUAUUAUUUAAUAAAUAUGUUUUCAAUCCCAUAUAAUCGAUAUGUCUGAAAUUCACUUGAUUACCUUCCAUAUGUCUUUAUUUAUGUCUGGGACGUGGGAUUUGCGUAUGCAUUUGUAAACUACCAUUAGCUUUUUAGAUCGGUGACUUUGGAAUUGUGCGGUUCUCUCGUGUUAUUGUCAGGUAUCAGAUUAUUUUGAAUACACAAUCGGAAAAAGUGGAUUUGACCUUUUUUAAUUCUUAAAAAUAAGACAAAAAGUAUGUUAUGUCUGACAAAUGGGUUGUAAAAUCCCCAAAAGUGAACGUGUCCGAACGCACAGUAGAUGAAGCAAAGCACUUCCAAGCUCACCAGCCUCACUUUCCUUUGUUUGGAUUUUUUUUCUUCCCACAUGGUUGUAAUUCUGUAUGUAAAGUCUCCAUAAUCUUCAUCAGCCCUGUCUGCUUUUAGUAGAUGGCAGUAAAACAUGAACUGGUCUUUCUCCACUACUCCAAACAAAUACAUCUGUGUCUAUGACAGUGGGUGUUAAGAAGGUUUUUAGCAUUGCUGUCCCUUGUAUAAAAUUAAAUAAAGUACUAUUAUAUAUCAUCUAA